CUUUUCUAGGCGAGGCUCCCGCGGUCUCCCGGCGCCACGAUUCUCCGGGGCCUUCUGGGAACUGUAAGAGAAGCGAGGUUCCCCCGCAUACCCCCGAGCCAGAGGAAUCCCGGGUGGCGACCUCGGGACAGGUAGGAAAAGCUCUGAUUGGUUCAUUCAGAGCUACUGUGGGCAUUCCCUCAAGCAAUUGCUUCCUGUAUGAUACUGGUCAGAGGCUCCUUUCCAUGUUGCGUCUAUAAGAGCUGCCAGCCAGUCUGCUGAUGCCAUUCCCCUUUCUUCGCCACCCAGCCUCCGAUCAUCAUUCCUGGCCCUUUCUUGAGAGUACCUGAAAAUGGACAGUACCCAGAGAUCACUUUCCUUCAAGGACUUGACUGUGGUCUUCACGCGUGAGGAGUGGCAACAUCUGGGCCCUGCGCAGCGCAUCCUGUACAGGGAUGUGAUGCUGGAGAACUACCGUAACCUCGUCUCAGUGGGGUUUCGUAUUAGCAAACCAGAUGUGAUCUUAAAAUUGGAGAAAGGAGAGGAGCCUUGGAUAAUGGAAAGAUCGCCACGUCAGAACCAUGAAGAAGACGGUGAUUCCUUAGAGAAGGACAAGGAAAGACAAGACAAACAUUUGAAGCAGUUUUCAGUCUUCAGAAACAAAACAAUGCCAGAAGAAGCCAAUCUGUGUGAGAAAACAGUUGCUCUCAACACGAAUAAUGUUUCUUCAGAAAAAAUGCUCCAUAAAUAUGAUCCAGGUGGAAAUGACUUGAAGACUAAUUCAGAAGAGACUGUUGCAAAGCAAAGCCAAGCAACUGCAAAGGUAACUGCUGAGCAAGAUGGGAAUGGGAAGCCAGCGCCCCGCAGAAAGCCUGACAAAAGUCACUCGGGGGCAAAACCGAACAAGCGUAGUGAAGUCAGGGAUGUCAGUAGUCAAGGCGAAGAUCCCCCUCAACACCAGAAUAACCAGCCCUUGGAACAGAAUAAAACCUCGGGUGGUGAGAAACCGCCCGAGGAGUCAGCCCAUUCUGCAGGAUCGGAGGAACGUGCUGAAAGAAAGCGAAAUGAAUGUGCUGAGUGUAGGAAAACCUUUUCUAAGAGGUCCACCCUCAUUGUUCACCAGAGAAUCCAUACGGGAGAGAGGCCCUACGCUUGUAAUUACUGUAGGAAAACUUUUCGUAUAAAGGCAAGCCUCACUCGACACCAGCGAAUUCACACUGGAGAGAGACCUUACAAAUGCAAAGAGUGUGGGAAAGCCUUCAUUGACAAAUCUGCCCUCCUUGUGCAUCAGAGAAUCCAUGGAGGGGAGAAGUCGUAUGAGUGUAAGGAAUGUGGAAAGACCUUCUUUCGGAAGUCAGCCCUGGCCGAGCAUUUCAGGUCACACACAGGGGAGAAGCCUUAUAAAUGCAAGGAGUGCGGGAAUGCCUUUGGCAAGAAAUCUUACCUCAUUGUGCACCAAAGAACUCACAGGGGAGAGAAGCCAAAUGAAUGUAAGGAGUGUGGGAAGACCUUCUUCUGUCUGUCAGCCCUGACAGCACAUCAGAGAAUUCACACUGGGGAAAAACCCUAUGAGUGCAAUGAGUGUGAAAAGACUUUCUUUUGUCAGUCUGCCCUCAACGUGCAUCUGAGAAGUCACACCGGAGAGAAACCCUAUAAAUGCCGCCAGUGUGGGAAGUUUCUGUGCACCAAGUCUGCCCUGGUUGCACAUCAGGUGAUUCACAGAGGAAAAAAGUCUUUCGAGUGUAACGAAUGUGGGAAGCUUUUCUACCUUAAGUCAACACUCACGAUACAUCAGAGAACUCACAUAGGAGAGAAGCACGGUGUGGUCAGUAAGUGGGGCCGCACAGCCACCGGGAAGUCAAACUGCAGUGAGCAGAAAAGAGGGGACACAAAGGAGAAGCCUGGUGAGGCCAGUGAGCACAAGCGCACGGGCCACAAAACCUCACGCCGCUUUGCACACAAGAGAACCAUAUGGGAGAGGCCUUACGAAUGUAAUGAAUGUGGGCGGUCCUACUGCCGGAAGUCCGCGCUCAGGCACCAUCAGAAGACACACUCAGGAGAGAGGCCCUAUGAGUGUAAAGAGUGUGGGAAAACCUUCUGCCAGAAGGUCUCCUUCACUGAACAUCAGCGAACUCACACUGGGGAAAAACCGCACAAAUGCAAAGAAUGUGGGAAAUCUUUCCGCCAUAAGUCAGCAUUCACAGUGCAUAAGAGAAUUCACACGGGGGAGAAACCGUACGCAUGUAACGAAUGUGGGAAGAGCUACCGUCGGCUCUGGACUCUGACUGAACACCAGAAAAUACACACAGGGGAGAAACCCUACGAAUGUAGUAUGUGUAAGAAAACGUUUCGCCACAAAUCGAACUUCCUUUUACAUCAGAAAACUCACAAGAAGUAAAUUCCAGCCAGGCAACAAAUAAUUUACAUAAUGCUCCAAUCCUGGGUUAUACAUGAGGAGUGAGACCAUGUCAGCACACACAGGGACUAUUGUUCUUUUUUUUUUUUUUUUUUUCCAAAGUGAAACAUCUCUUAACACCAGAGAGCUCUCGGGGGUGACAUACAGUUUCUUUUAUGAACAUCGUACUUUCAGUGUGAACUGUGAAAACACUGAGCACUUCAAACCUUACACCAGGCGUGCCUGCCUCCCUUUCAGACCUUGAAGCAAACACUCCUCCCUUCUUGGUCACCUCCACAGUUAAUUUGCAUCGUGUAUGUGGCCGGGUGUGAGGAGCCAGUCUUGGUUCGGGAUCACCCGUUGCCAGUUGUUCCUGUGAUAACUGAGUGUUUACAAGUUUACAGUAUUAACAGCUCAGACUCUACUACCUGCUCGUCUUCUGUUAGUGACAGACCCUAGUCCCUUUGUCUGCAGUGGAGAGGCUGACAAACCGUUGUGCCCUUGCCCACCUGUAGUGACUCCCACACAUGAGCGAGCACUUGCCAAAGCCGAGUCACUGCGUUUUUCUAAUCCAGUGAGAGGCAUAAGGUAGCUUGUAAGUGUCUGCAGCCAAGAAAACAGCAUUUGCAGUUACCAUGACAACAGUGGAACAGGCAGAUUUGAAUAGCAAAGAGGAUUUGGGGAGUGUUUAAAUCAAAAGUGUCUCUGCUGUUAGUGUUUUUAAAUGCCUCUGUUAGCGGUUUAAUUAUGUCAGUAUUCUCAAAAAAUACCUUGAUUUUUCUAAUAAACGUGUCCAUAGGGGUAUUAUUUAGAAUUUACCUAUCAGCCUCUUAGAAAAGGUCUCCGUGGUGCCAAAUAGAAUCAGUUCGUAUGAAUGAGUGCAUAGCCAGAAUGUCUGUAGUUCGUAGGGGGCUAAUGUCCAGUGCUGGUAGCCAGCCACAAGUGGGAUUUUCCACAAACGCAGCCCUGCUCUGAUUGUGCUGUACAUUUCCUAGGACAAUGAAGUGAGUUUAGUUCAUUGACAAAAACCAAAAAAUAAACAAAAAUAAAAAAAUAAAUAAAUAAGGCCACUGGGUAUCUGGCCAUGGGCCUUGCACGCCUUGAUUAAGCUGGCAAAUUGGAGUGGCCAAAGCAAGUUGUAUCAUCCAACUCAGUCCUGGUGAUGAGAGUCUCACCCUGACCUCCUGACCUGUGUGCGGCCUCUGCUUGAGAUGUUGGGACCUUGGGUCAGGAAAGCCGCCCUUUGAGACCCGUCAGAAAUCCCAAGAUGAUCUGUUUCUUCCGUUCGUAUUUUACGUCUCUCAGUAAGGUAAACACGUAUUUGUGAGCGCACAUGGAUUCCAUGUGUACGAAUAUAAACUGAAAACGUGAAUACAUGUGCACAUCAAUAGUGAUAUUUUUCUGAAAUUUUUAAUAAUUAAAAGAUUUGGUUGCUGUUGCAGAUAGACUUUUACCAUCUGUUUUUAAAAUUACUGAUAGAGGCCCUGACAAGGACCAGCAAGCAAAUGGUGCUUGCUGAUGAGCCUGGCAGCCUGAGUGUGAUCAAGUGUGAUAUGGCGUGUACACACACACACACACACACACACACACACACACACACACGGAAUAAGUAAAUACAUAAAAUCUAAAGUGUUUAAAAAAAACUCACUGAUGGAAUUCUUACCAAGUUUGUCAAAAUGUGUCCCUUAUACUUACUUUUCUUUGCUUGGUCUUCUGAGACUCACAGCUCCUUGUAAAGGAAGUUGUGGGGCUGUCUGUGUAGGUAGUUUUGUUCUCUGAUGAUCUGUACCCUAGCUGUCUAGUUGUGCCUUCUGCUUGCCAUGCAGCGAAUCACAAUCCUGUGAUUCCUGAAUUGUUUGCCUUUAUUGCGUAGACUCCGCGGAUAGACGGGAGUGCUGUAUGCUGGGGGAACGUGUUUUUUUCAAGCCUGAUGGAAAAAAAAAAAAGUAAGUCUGCAAAUGGAAUGUCAGUGAGCCCCGAACACAGAAAAAUCAUAAGACACAGCAGAGUAAAACGUGAAGGUCCAGUGAGGGCUCAGCUGGUAGAGGUGAUUGUUCUGCAAGCCAGCAACCCCGGAGACGUGUAAUGGUGGACAGAGAGAUGCGACUCCACAGCGGUGUCCUCAGACCACACACGGAUUGAGGUGCAGCCAUGUGCACAUACCAUAACAGUGUAGUUUUUAAAGUUUUUUUUUUUUUAACUCUGAGACAUAAAAAAUCAAAACUAAUUAAAUGUAAAAAAAAAUUUUUUUUUUGAAAGCAGCUGAAGGGAACAGCGAUGUGUAGGGUCUGUGAGCUUUGUACAGCUGCUGGAAGAAACUGCCUUACUGACCGGAAGAGCGGAUCUCAUCUCACAGACCUGAGACAGCAGACAGCCCCGGUGCCGCAAGUACCCUCCCUUCUGCCUGCCGGAGACCGGCUCUGCGUCUCCCGCAUGCUCUUCAGCCUUCGCAUCUGUUCUCACUGCGCAUGUCUGUCUGCAUUUCCGUUUUAUCAGGACACGUCUGAUCGGGGUCCCACCUUACUGAAACAUGACCUCAUGACAUCUGUAAGAGCCUACCUCCGUGAGGUCUCAUUUGGAGGGAUUACAGGCUGGGAGGACUUCAUCUGUUGGUACCUAAAAGUUGCCCCCGUGUGUACCAGAUUAAAAUCACAGUAGAUGUC